AUCCCUGGGGCGGCCUUGGGAGCCACGUCCUCGGCAUCGUUCAGGGAAGCCCGGGAACUCUCUGCUGGCACCAUGGUGAACUGGACAGCCGAGGAGAAGCAGCUCAUCACCGGCCUCUGGGGCAAGGUCAACGUGGCCGAGUGCGGCGCCGAGGCCCUGGCCAGGCUGCUGAUCGUCUACCCCUGGACCCAGAGGUUCUUCGCCUCCUUCGGGAACCUGUCCAGCCCCACGGCCGUCAUCGGCAACCCCAUGGUCCGUGCCCACGGCAAGAAGGUGCUCACCUCCUUCGGGGAAGCCAUCAAGAACCUGGACAGCAUCAAGAAAUGCUUUGCUCAGCUGAGCAAACUCCACUGCGACAAGCUGCAUGUGGACCCCGAGAACUUCAGGCUCCUGGGUGACAUCCUCAUCGUGGUCCUGGCCGGCCACUUCGGCAAGGAAUUCACCCCCGCCUGCCAGGCUGCCUGGCAGAAGAUGGUCCGUGUGGUGGCCCACGCGCUGGCCCACGAGUACCACUGAGCCCCCUGGGAGCCUGCCUGCCUGGAGACACUCCUGGGGAAUCUCCUCGGGUCCUGCUGGGCUCCAGUCACACAAUAAACCAGCUGCUCCAGCCACCA